AUGAGUUCAGCAUCCGCAGCGCACGCGGCCGAGCCGCAGCUGCAGGCCGAAAAGAAGAAGAAGAAGCUGAGAGCGCCGGCGAUGCGGUAUCCCUUCUGGUUUGGAGGCAGCGCGAGCAGCUUGGCCGCCUGCGUUACGCAUCCAUUGGACUUGACCGAUGCGCCCAAGUCCAUGAGCGGCACCUUUGUCCACGUCGUGAAGAACGAUGGACCGCUCGGCCUCUACAGCGGCAUCUCGGCGUCGCUGCUCCGGCAGCUCACGUACUCGACCGCCCGGUUCGGCAUCUACGAGGAGGUCAAGCAGCGCUACAUCGCCCGCCACGGCGGUAAAGAGCCGUCCUUCGCCGCGCUCAUCGCCAUGGCCGUCGGCUCGGGCUUCGUCGGCGGCAUCGCCGGCAACUUUGCCGACGUGAUCAACGUGCGCAUGCAGCACGACGCCGCGCUGCCGCCGGCCGAGCGCCGCAACUACAAGCACGCCGUCGACGGCAUGGUCCGCAUGGCCAGGGAGGAGGGCGCCCUGAGCUGGUUCCGCGGCUGGCUGCCCAACAGCUGCCGCGCCGCCGUCAUGACCGCCGGCCAGCUCGCCACGUACGACGCCUUCAAGCGCCUGCUGCUGGACUACACCCCGAUGGGCGAUACCCUCACCACGCACUUCUCCGCGUCCUUCCUGGCCGGCCUGGCUGCUGCCACGGCAACGAGCCCCAUCGAUGUCAUCAAGACCCGUGUCAUGUCCACGUCGCACAAGCAAGGCAUCCUGCAUCUUGUAAGAGACAUCAACCGAGCCGAGGGCAUCCGCUGGAUGUUCAAGGGCUGGGUGCCCAGCUUCCUGCGGCUUGGCCCGUAA